UGCUCUAGGUCAGGAUGGCUAACUGGUUGGCUUCCCACAUGGUGCCCUACGUCUACAUCACAACUUAAAGAAGCUGAAGAGAAAAUUUUAAAAUAUGUCCCCUGCACAUACAAAAAAGAACUUGUUCGUAUAUCUAAUGGAAAUAAAAUAUGGACACUGAAGUUCUCUCAUAAUAUUUCAAAUAAGACUCCACUUGUCCUCCUUCAUGGUUUUGGAGGAGGUCUUGGACUCUGGGCACUGAAUUUUGAACAUCUUUGCACUGAUAGACCCGUCUAUGCUUUUGACCUGUUGGGCUUUGGACGAAGUAGUAGACCCAGAUUUGACAGUGAUGCGGAAGAAGUGGAGAAUCAGUUUGUGGAAUCCAUUGAAGAAUGGAGAUGUGCCCUAGGCUUGGACAAAGUGAUCUUGCUUGGACACAACCUGGGUGGGUUCUUGGCUGCUGCUUACUCCCUGAAGUACCCGUCAAGGGUUAAUCAUCUCAUUUUAGUGGAGCCUUGGGGUUUUCCUGAGCGACCAGACCUGGCUGAUCAAGACAGACCAAUUCCAGUUUGGAUCAGAGCCUUGGGAGCAGCAUUGACUCCCUUUAACCCUUUAGCUGGCCUCAGGAUUGCAGGACCCUUUGGUUUAAGUCUAGUGCAGCGUUUAAGGCCUGAUUUCAAACGGAAGUAUUCUUCAAUGUUUGAAGAUGAUACUGUGACAGAAUACAUCUACCACUGUAAUGUACAGACUCCGAGUGGUGAGACAGCGUUCAAAAAUAUGACUAUUCCUUAUGGAUGGGCAAAAAGGCCAAUGCUCCAGCGAAUUGGGAAAAUGCACCCUGACAUUCCAGUUUCAGUGAUCUACGGCGCCCGAUCCUGCAUAGAUGGCAAUUCUGGUACCAGCAUCCAGUCAUUACGACCACAUUCAUAUGUGAAGACGAUAGCCAUUCUUGGUGCAGGGCAUUAUGUGUAUGCAGAUCAACCAGAAGACUUCAACCAGAAAGUAAAGGAGAUCUGUGACACUGUGGACUGAGCACACUGAAGAUGAUGUGGGAAAACCUGCUGACUGAUACACUUCCUCAGCAAUAAUUCACAGUCUACAGUGAAGAGGAAGGAAUACAACACAAGAACCAGGCAGUCUUCUUGACUGUACUUUGCACAUGUUUUCUUUAUGAAGUUGCUUGUACAUUUAAACCAGUUAAUGCCUUCUAGAAGAAUGGCUUUCUUUUCUCCUACACAAAAUCGAAAUAUACAAGAGUCUUUAAAUCUAAUAGCUUUAAUAAAGGUUAUUUGUCCCUCUGCUAUACUGAAAAA